AAUCAAUCAGUUUCAAAAUCAUCAAGUUGAAGAGUCUCCUUAUGUUGGCGGCAACUCGACCACUGAGAAACAUCCAACCGUGUUUGUGUCCCUCGGCUUGCGCUAAUAUUGUACCUACACGUGUAUAGGCCGCUAGUACCUUGCAGUUGCAGAUUCAUGUGCCCGCCUCUUCCCUAGUCUGUCUGUCGUGUUCGUCUGAGACAAGACAUCACUAUUCUUCAUUCCUCUUCAGGAUGCCAAUGUCAACAAGCCAGCCGAAAGCGAACGAGACUUUGACUUGAUGGAUAUGGACAUCAAUGUUGUCACUGGGGCGGAUGGGCGGUACGUAUUUUUACGGCGAUUUUACGGGUUCCAUGGCCAACUCGGGUCACCCUCACGAACAGAGCAGACAAAGGCAGGAUGCUAGAUCUACUGUACUUGCCGAGAUCCGACAGAUGGGUGAUGGAAAUACCUUCGACAUGUACACACACGCAACCCGGCCGAUCGACAUCCACCGCUCCACCUUUCGUCAUGUCCACCCUUUUGCCAAUCCUCUUGGCCUCCUGAAUCUAACCAAUUCCUGAGCCACGCCGCCUUCGGCUUGACUUCUCUCACUUCUUUCUUCCCCAGAAUCGUUCGCUUCCACCCACUGGAAGCCGGAUUCUCCAUUCUUGGCAGCCUCUCCAGGACCAUCCUGCUGGCGCUAUCAGGCCAUAUUGGAAGUAGUCCGAUUGUCCAGUUCACUUCUCAUGUCCAUUCCCGUUGAUUCCUGUCGGUUCCCGCUUGUUUCUCCCUUUAUCCCUUCCGCUGCCUCUUUCUCCCCGUCAACUCCGCCUGUCUCUACCCUAAGAGAGACACUUGCACAAGGCAAUGGCCCAUCAGUUACCCUCAACUCUGGACCUGGGGAACGACGUUAGUCUCGACGUCUCCACCGCGCCAACGACCCCAGGAAGCAACUUGUCUUUCAGUCCCGUCCUCCAGGCUGCGGAUGAACAACCGGGGAUCCCCGCCAUGAAGCCCCAGAGCACCUCCAGAUCGUUGUCGUCCACGCUGUUCGACACUACGGCCAGAACACCGCCAGUCCGCAACAUCUGCUGUGUUGGCGCUGGCUAUGUUGGCGGCCCUACUGCGGCUGUUAUUGCCUUUAAUAACCCCCAUAUCCGAGUGACGGUUGUCGACAAGGACGAGAAGCGCAUUCGACGAUGGAACUCUGUACAUCCCCCCAUCUACGAGCCUGGCUUGAACCACAUUCUGCGCAUUGCCCGUGACGGAUCCAAGGAAUGCACCAUCGAGACUAGGUCCCUCUCCACGACCAACACAACAUCUUCGAAUACGCCAGAUGUAUCGGAUGCGUCCACUCCGGCCUCAGAAUGCGGCAGCCAGUGCGGAGACAAUGUUUCGAAGCCUAUUCCUGCCCGCCAGCCAAAUCUCUUCUUCACAGCCGAUGUAGCCAAGUCUAUCAGCGAAGCCGACAUCGUUCUGAUUGCGGUCAAUACGCCAACCAAGAGCCGUGGUGCCGGCGCAGGUUCUGCCACGGACAUGACUGCCUUCGAGGCUGUCACCAAUGUGGUUGCGCAGCAUGCCCGGCCGGGUGCCAUCAUUGUAGAAAAGUCUACAGUCCCCUGUCGGACGGCGCAGUUUGUACAAGACACUCUUGCACUCCAUAGGCCCGGUAUUCACUUCGAGGUUCUUAGCAACCCCGAAUUUUUGGCUGCCGGAACUGCUAUUAAGGAUCUUCUCAACGCAGAUCGUAUUUUGAUCGGUUCCAGUGCAACACCAUCUGGUCAGCGCGCAGCCGCCGCUUUAGCAUCUGUCUACUCCGCUUGGAUCCCAAGGUCACGGAUCAUCACUACUAAUGUGUUCAGCUCUGAGCUUGCCAAGCUUGUCGCGAACUCCAUGCUCGCCCAGCGCAUCAGCAGUAUCAACUCGAUUGCGGCCGUGUGCGAGGUGACUGGCGCCGAUGUCAGUGAGGUUGCAGGUGCGAUUGGUGCCGACCCCCGUAUCGGCAGCAAGUUCCUCAAGGCCGGUAUCGGUUUCGGUGGCAGCUGCUUCAAGAAGGAUGUGCUCAGUCUGGCUUACUUGGCCGAGAGCCUCCAACUACCCGAGGUAGCAGACUACUGGCGAAAUGUCAUCACCAUGAACGAGUUCGCCAGGAACAGGUUCGCUUCGCGUGUCGUGAGGUGUCUCAACAACACCCUCAUUGGCAAGAAACUCACCAUGCUUGGCUACGCCUUCAAGAAGGAUACCAACGAUACCCGUGAGUCGCCAGCGGUGGAGAUUAUCCGAACCUUGGUGGAGGAAGGGCCUCGGGAGAUUGCCGUCUACGACCCCUGCUGCAACCCAGCGCAGAUGGCCGAGGAUAUCGGUCGCUAUGUCGGCGCCGAGGUACUACAGAGAAACGGAGGCCCUGUCAUUGUCUACGCAGACGCUUACGAGGCCUGUCACUCCUCUGACGCGCUACUAAUUACCACCGAGUUCGAUGAGUUCAAGAACACCGGUGAGCCGGUAUCAGCGUCUGCCGAGGUCUUGGCCCCCAAGGCUGCGCCUGUCAAGGCCGUUGUCCCCGACCCGCGACCGUUCAAGGGUGAGGAGCCAACCGAGACUGAGCUCCUUGCUCUUCAUACCUUUUUACUGCAGUCAACAGAUGCGGAGGAUAAGGAAGAUCCAUUGCAUCGCUUCAACUCCGUGCCGGACUGCGCUGAGGACUGUCCAGACUGUUUCAUCGAGAAGGAAACGGGGACCAGUGGUUACGGAGCGGGACAGGAGCACGUCUUCAAGGGCAGGCUCGACUGGAGGAAAGUUCACUACCACAUGCACAAACCUCACUGGGUGUUUGAUGGUAGGGGAGUGUUGGAGGUGGCGGGCAUGGAGAAGUUGGGCUUCCGCGUGGAGAGUGUUGGUCGUCAGGGGAGGGUCUGAUGGGCUUUUUACCCUUACGCCCAUAAAAAUGUGUCAACCAAAUUGUAAUUGAAUAUCUGGCCAGGAACGGCAGCUAUAAUGGAUAAUGUUUGGAUAGCUAGAGUUGGCAUAUACAUUUCGAGACAACGGAGGCACUCACUGUAUGAAUGCCUCCAGUGUUGACAAGUGUAGUAUCGCCUAUCACAUAUCUCAGUCAAAUAUACAAUACUCAUAACAUACGGAUUCUGGUUUG